GUAUUUUCUAUCUACCCUGAGGACCCCUCCACCUGAUCUUGGGGGAGGGGGGUUGCAAUUUGAUAGAAACAGUAGAAACUGCAUUUUAAAUUGCAUUAUAGCAUUUAUUCACUCUUUGGGGCAAAAAUAAGAGCUUUCAGUUGCAACUUAGAUAUAGUUAACAAAACAGAAUUCUUAUGCAGUAACUUUCAGAUAUAUGUAACAAAACAGAAUAUGUAUUCAGUAACUUUCAGAUAUAUGUAACAACAGAAUUUUUAUGCAGUAACUUUUAACAAUGCAAACGGGAGCGAGAUCUCUUAAUAAAAUACAAUAAAUUACACUUGUGAAACAGAUGUAAUUAGAGAAAAAAGUCCUGUUACCCUUUAUAGUUUAGGUAGAUAAAGGUCUCAGUCACAUUUGAGUAAAAUAAUCCUAUUUCUAUAAAUGUCAUAGGAUCUUUUUUUUAAAGAUAUUUUAUUUUCACGGACCCCUUGCAAUUACACCACGGACCACUAGGGGUCCGCGGACCCCCGGUUGAGAAACACUGCAAUAAGAGGCCCACGGAGGCAUAAACAACACCGGUGAAAGCCUCAGUAACGUUUCCGGACAGUUGAUCUCAAAUGUCUCGCUUCCCCUGGCACCCCCCCCCCCCCCGGUUUAGCUGUGGUACACUUGUUUGGACUUGGGGUAAAUGUUCGCUGUUUCUAAGCGGGGGUCUCAUGUCGCUGUUUAAAAACCCGCUUACGGACAGAAAGCAAAACACGGACUCCUGCGUGAACUCCGGAGGUACGGCCCGGAUCACGUGCUGCGCGAUAACGUUUAUCAUCUCGCACAGCUGGCCGCACGCUCUCCGGGAUCCAGCGUCGGGCCGUCAUUGGCCAGCGGGCCCGGCUCUCUGGCGCGUGAUUGGUUACAUGUGUGGCAACAUCCGCUGCCCAUGUGUGUCCCAUGCGAAGAGGAAGAGGCAUGUUUUCUGUUCUAUACGUUGCCGCCUUGUUUUUCGCCGCCUCUCCGGCCAUUACGGUAACGCCUCGGCCGUUUCCCUGUCCAAAAAUGCGGUAUUUCCGCGCAGAGCCUUGCCCUGCACUUGUUUGGAGUGGCAAUACCGUAAUAACGAUAGAAAGAACAGGGGGGGGGGACUAUCUAAAUGAUGUCAUCAAACGAAUAGCUGUGUUUUUCACUUAUUCGAUCUAGUAUAACAGCUGUGCCUGACAUGGUGUUUUUCGUCUCAGUUUUAUCCUGCGCUCAUAUUGCUGCUGUUACGGUAAUGAUAUGCUGACGUUACUCAGCUGAUCCGUCGCCCCGCUGCUCGGUGAAUCAGAGGAUAUAAAAAUUGAAGAAGACUCCCGUGCCUCCUGACACAGUCGCACGCUCACAGGCAUGUCCGCACGGGCAUGAUGAUGAAGAACGAGGACCCGAUCACGGACGCGUUCCCGCGCCAACUCACGCAGAACCCGCUGAAGAAAAUCUGGAUGCCAUGUAAAAACGGGCUCCCUGAAAAGCACAUAUUUCAAAAAAGGGUGUGCAUGACCAACUGCCCAACCCUCAUCGUGACAGUAGGCCUGCCAGCCAGAGGAAAGACGUACAUUUCCAAGAAGCUGACCCGCUACCUAAACUGGAUCGGUGUGCCAACCAAAGAGUUUAACGUGGGCCAGUACCGGAGGAAGUGUCUGAAGAUCUACAAGUCCUUCGAGUUCUUCCGUCCAGACAACGAAGAAGGCCUUAAGAUCAGACGGCAGUGUGCGCUGGCAGCACUGAAUGAUGUUCGCCAGUACCUCAGUGUCGAGGGAGGACAGGUGGCGGUGUUCGACGCGACCAACACGACCAGGGAAAGAAGAGCGACCAUCGUCAAGUUUGCCGAGCAGAACGGGUUCAAGGUGUUUUUUGUGGAGUCUGUGUGCGAGGACCCGGAUGUCAUCGCGGAGAACAUAGUGCAAGUGAAGCUGGGAAGCCCAGACUACAUAGACUGUAACACAGAAGAGGCCAUCGAAGACUUCAUGAAAAGAAUAAAGUGCUACGAGACCUCCUACCAGCCACUGGACGAGGCCCUGGACAGGGACCUCUCCUACAUUAAGAUCAUAGAUGUGGGCCGGCGUUACCUGGUAAACCGGGUCCUUGACCAUAUCCAGAGCCGCAUUGUUUACUACCUAAUGAACAUCCACAUCACACCACGCUCCAUCUACCUUUGUCGCCACGGGGAGAGCGACCUGAACAUCAAGGGACGCAUUGGCGGUGACUCUGGCCUGUCUUCCAGGGGCAAGGAGUUUGCCAAGGGUCUGAGAAAAUUCAUUCAAGAACAGAACAUCAAAGAUCUUAAAGUGUGGACCAGCCAGAUGAAGAGAACCAUCCAGACUGCGGAGUGCCUGGGGGUGCCCUACGAGCAGUGGAAGGCUCUGAACGAGAUAGACGCCGGUGUUUGCGAGGAGAUGAUGUAUGAGGAGAUCCAAGAACAUUACCCUCUGGAGUUUGCCCUCAGAGACCAAGACAAGUACCGCUAUCGUUAUCCGAAAGGGGAGUCGUAUGAGGAUCUGGUGCAGCGGUUGGAGCCGGUGAUCAUGGAGCUGGAGCGACAGGAGAACGUUUUGGUCAUCUGUCACCAGGCUGUCAUGCGCUGCUUACUUGCUUACUUUCUGGACAAGAGCGCAGAUGAAUUGCCUUAUUUAAAGUGCCCUUUACACGCUGUGUUGAAGUUGACCCCUGUGGCUUACGGCUGUAAAGUGGAGUCAGUCAGUCUGAACGUGGAGGCAGUCAACACACACAGGGAGAGACCAGAGAAUGUGAAUGUGCAGCGGACCAAAGACGACGCCCUGCAGACUGUCCCGGCUCACUACUAACUCCCCGCCGCCCUGUCCGUCGUCCUACCGAAGACCUCAUCCAUCCGUCGAAGGCCCCCUGACCGCUGAAGGCGUCAGUCCGUCAUGGAGGUGAUCCGGCUCUAGUGGCUGCUGAGUCCUACCCGCUUGAUAUGAAUAGAGAGGCCAACCGUUGUCGUGGCGUCAUCGCAGAGCCAGCGAGUAAAGCACUUUUGACUAAAUGUGGUCCAUUUUGAUACACUUGUUCCCCCCGUCGCGAAGUCUCCUGCACCGAUAACGUAGCUCCAACCCCCACAGGGGAUCAUGCAGGGGCGGAUCUACAGGGUGGCAAGGGGUGGCAGCUGCCACCUCUGGGACACAGUCUUGCCACCCCUUUGCCACCCCAGGGAUCAUGUAUAUGAGGCGAACACCGGUGUUUGUUUUUGACGUGUGUUUCUGACGCUGUUGGAGGGCGACGCCUUCAACCGUCCAGCAUCCUCUUCCAUGUUACUAUUUGGUGUCCGUUUUGUACAGGAAGUACACGCCGACGUAGGCCUCCGGUGUACCUAAAGAUGUGUGUUAUUCUAUGUAUUUAAAGUGUUGUAACCUGUUGUCGGCAAGGCUUUCCCCUCACCCAACAUCCGCUUCCCGAGUGCCCUGGAGCAGGGUAAGCAGUUCUUAGGUGUUGAUCUUUUUUAAAUUGUUUUGGUUAAUCAAGACAAGAGAUAUACAAACACAUCAGACAAAGCCAGUAUACUCUAACACAACAGAGUAGGCUAAGAACAGCACAUCAAACAUGUCCAAGACAGUGAGAACAAAACAAGGAGAAUUAAAAAGAGAUAAAAUGGGACAAUGCAAUACUCUAGGGGUUAAAUUACAUUCAAUUGUUCAAAUGCAAAAUAAUAAUUUUUGGGCAUCUCUGUUUUUCAUACAUUUUAGAGACUUGGACAGAGUUACCAAUUCGGUUUUAAAGGCUGCUAAACGGGGUUGCGUUUUGCAAUAUUUACAUUUGUGUAUGAAAUAUUUUGCCAAAAUAAUCACAUCAUUCAACAAGAAUUCUAUAUUUCUACCCUCCAUAAACACUCCACAUUCGACAGGCGUUGAUUUGAUGGUGCGGAGAGGACGCUAGUGUAGUACUUCCGGCCCGGGCGCCAGUUGAGGUUUCCGCUCCACACGUCACCGAUUUACCUCGUGAGAACACUUCCGUCCGGGGGAGGGACAAAGGACACGUGACGUCAGCUGGUCGCGUGACUGAUUUAAACGGAAACCUGCGUGCACACGGUGGACAACUGCACAAGCAUUACGCAAACCUGCUUGGGCUGGACCAGUGGUUCCCAAUCAGGUCCUCAGGUACCGCCGCUACUGCUGGUUCUCUGUUCUGCCAGGUAGUUUUUGUUACGUACACCCGUUGUUCCGGCUGCGCAUGCUCCCUGAUGGAGGCCGAGUAACCGACACAACAGGUGAGUGUAAUGAACUCUACUACUACUACUAUAACUACGAUUACUUCCGACUGCUCCCGCUAGAGGUCGCCACAGCGGCUCAUGCGUUUCCAUCUCUUCCUGUCCUCUGCAUCUUCCUCUGUCACACCAGCCACCUGCACGUAAUGUAAUGAAAUUAUAUAUAUAUAUAUAUAAUAACAAUAAUAUAAUAAUAAUAAAUAAUAUAUCCAUCCAUCCAUUAUCCAAACCGCUUAUCCUGCUCUCAGGGUCGCGGGAUGCUGGAGCCUAUCCCAGCAGUCACUGGGCAGCAGGCGGGGAGACACCCUGGACAUCGGAUGAUCCGCUGUGGCGCCCCCUAACGGGAGCAGCCGAAAGUAGUAGUAGUAGUAGAUAUAUAAUGAAUAUAUAAUGAUGUAAUGUGAUAUAAUGAACUCUGGUACAAUAUAAAAGCAGUAGAACUGGUGGCACCUGAGGACCUGAUAUGGACCCGCUGGUCGAGAUGGCUUCCAGGUGUGAGUGUGCGACUCUAAAAAUGAAUGGGUUUUUUGUUGUUCCUUCUUUUGAUUUCCAAAUCCAGCUGUGCAUUACUACUUACUACUUGUAAUGCUUCUUCGUGCGUGGAUAAAAGUUUACGCAAAAGGGAAAAAAAUGCAAAUUUUUGACCCCGCCCACCUUCAAGCGGCGUUUGAGAAGUGGCCCAAGUCUUCAGGUCCUCGCCCCUCCUCGAACGCUGUCACGCUCGUGUUGUCCGCUUCUCUCGUAGGAAGUGACGUGUGAUUCGCUGGCGCGCCAUCUUGUUGUGUUGUCCAGAGGCACCGUAGAGGUAACGGCUGUUGGGUUGGUACGUACCGGCUCUAAUGUGGAUUAACGUGCCAAAUACCGGCCUGGGUUCAGGUUUCACGAAGAACAGCGAACCUGCGUUGUCAGAGAGUGAUGGUUUUGGCCCGCUGAUGAAGUUCUGUCAUUUAUUUGGGACCAAGGAAGACCAAGUCCAAACUGUCCUGCAGGUUGGUUCGGCGCGCUUGUUCGACUGUGUGUUGUACAGUAUGUCGUGGGGGGGAGGAGUCUAUCUACAGUUUCUGUAUUAUACAUUUGAUAUUUACUGUAUGGAAAAUGUGAUUUUAAAUGCCUUGUUCCUCUUCAACUGUUGAGUCUUAAUAAACCUUGAAUCAUGGGAA